UCUCUUUCAAACCCCAUGAGGAAUGGAGUCCACAGUCACUACAAAAACAGUAAUUGUAGGCGCAGGCCUAAGUGGACUAGCUGCAGCUAAGUUUUUGACAGAGAAUGGUGUAGAAGUAACUGUUUUAGAAGCAAGAGACAGAGUUGGAGGCAGGACUUGUACAAUUGAUGACCCCAUCCAUGGUAAGUCGGACCUUGGUGGUGCCUAUGUAGGACCAACUCAAGAUAAUGUAUAUAGACUGGCAGAGGAAUAUGGGCUCCAGUUUUUUGACGUGAAUGACAAGGAAAAAACAGUACUUAAUUUCAAAAAUUGUUGGUACAAGUAUAAUGGAGUUAUACCACCUGUGACAAACCCAUUUGUUUUAUUAGAUUUAAACCAUGCAAUUAGAACCAUAGAAUCCAUGGCAAUCCAGGUACCUAAACAUGCUCCUUGGUUGGCAAAGAAGGCUGAAGAAUGGGACUGUAUGACAGUUAAAGAAUUCCUGGACAAAAUUUGCUGGACACAAUUUGCAAGAGACAUUAUAGAUAUAUUUAUAAAGGGAUUAUACUGUGUUGAGCCUCAUGAAUUAUCCCUGUUAUUUGCGUUAUGGUAUAUUCAUAGCGGAGGAGGUGUUGCCAAGAUGUCUGACACAAGCGGAGGAGCUCAGGAAAAGAAAUUUAUAGAUGGUAGUCAGAAAUUAUCAGACAAAAUUGCAGAAAGUCUAGCAGAUCGAGUGAGGUUAUCUAGUCCUGUUACAAGUAUUACACAGACUGACUCUAUGGUAACAGUUGCAAGCCAGAAUGGAAAGACAUACAAAGCAGAUUAUGUGAUACUAGCCAUUCCUCCACCACUGUUGUCUAGAAUAUCAUUUGAUCCUACACUUCCUGGUGACAAAAUACAACUGAUACAGAAAAUGCCAAUGGGAUCUAUUAUCAAAACAGUCGUGUAUUAUCAGGAAGCUUUCUGGAGAAAAAUGGACAUGUGUGGUAGUGCUGUUUCAAACUUUGGUCCUAUAACUUAUUGCAUUGAUGACACCAAACCUGAUGGAACACACCCAGCUGUCAUGGGGUUUGUUUUAGCCAAUCAAGCUAGAGAACUGAUGCACCUAUCAGAAUCCAAAAGAAAGGAUGCAAUUUGUCAACAUUAUGCACAAGCAUUUAAAUGUGAGCAGUUUCUUAAGCCAAUAGGUUAUUUGGAGAAAAAUUGGAUGGCUGAAGAAUUUUCUGGUGGAUGUUAUUCUUCUAAUAUGCCACCUGGUGUACUGACAACUAUGGGCAGAUGUUUGCAAGAACCGCAUGGAAGAAUUCAUUUUGCUGGAACUGAAACAGCAACAAAAUGGGCAGGAUAUAUGGAUGGUGCAAUUCAGGCAGGAUACAGAGCAGCUAAAGAGGUGAUGCAGAGGAAAGCAGGAAAAGCCAUCCCCGUUAUAGAUGAAGAACCACCCAUGGUUGUAGAGAGAGACUGGAUAGAGAAUUGCUUACCUUCAGUGAAAGGAUUACUCUUUUCUCUAACUGUUUUAGUCUUUAGUGUUGGUGUAUUUUUCUUGUGGAAAUAAUAUAAACUUCUAUUUUUCUUGUGGAAAUAAUAUAAACUUCUAUUUUUCUUGCAAUGACAAUCAGAAAAAAAUCAGUUAAAACUGUCAUAAUUUAAAAAAAAUUUAUAGGCUGUUAGUUGUUGAAAGCACUUAUUAAUAAUCAAGAAUUUUGUAUGAAUAAUUAGUUGUUCAACAUGUUUUUUUUUACUUUAUUUACAUGUAAAUUUGUAGACUGCUUAAGAAGGAGUCUUUUUGUUAAUGAUAUUGAGUUGACAACUGAAACUCAUAAAUAUUGAUUUGGAAAUAUUUCUCAAGUUCUUUAUAACAAGGUAAUACAUUGGACUAUUGAAGAAAUACAAUUAGUUCAAAUUUUUGCAAUUAGGCAUUUUUUUAAACAAUUUUUUUCAUUUAAUUAUGAAAGUAAAACAAUAUUUAUUUGCAAGUAUAUUUCAAAUUACAUACAAUCAAACCUGCUACAUUGUAUAAAGGUCAAAACUUUAAAGCAAAAACCUGUUUUGGCAGGUCACCUUCUUUUUGUCCUGAGGGGCCUCGGUGGCCGAGUGGUCUAAGUAAUUACUACUGUAAUCACUAGCCAGUCAACACUGAGGUUGUGAGUUCGAACCCCGCUCGUGCAGGUGCACUCAACUCCAAUCUUAAUUGACUAGGAUUGUCAGUUUUCCUAUCGAAGGUCGGUGGUUUUCUCCCGGCACUCCGGCUUCCUCCACCAAUAAAAACUGUCAGCCACGAAAUAGCCCAAAAGCGGUGCUUAAAAGUGGCGUUAAAACACAAAAAAUCAAAAAUCAAAAUCUUUUUGUCCUGCUGUUGUAUACUUUAGUAUUCUGAACCACAAUUCAAAGGUCAUCACUCUUAUAAGUAUUUUAAUUUUUAUUCCAUCUGAUUGGUUUUUGGAAAUCUGUUUCCCUCCUUUACAAGAACUUUAUGACUGUGCCUAUGGAUUUUGAUUAGAUCUUGGAAAAUUUAGCUUGCAGGAAGCCCAUACCAUUGUUUUGUGUAAUGCUGGACUUGGUGUAGCUCAUUUUUACAUACCCUGUACUUUGAUACUGAAAAUAAUUGCAUAAUAAUAUGAAUUUAUUUUUUGCCAAACGUUAGCACCGUCAAAAGCCUCAGUACUAGCAUAUUUUGCAUCUCAUUUCUAGCUUAUCCAUCAGAAAGGGCCUGUGUGAAAUGCUGUCAUCAUUUGGCCCUUUUACUUUUUCUUGUUUUCCUCAUCUCCUAAGAAAGUACUUGGCAAAAUUGAUUAAGACGUGGCAGAAAUGAUGUAAAUAUAAGAAAUAAGAUCUAUUAUAAAGAAAGUACUCAUUCCAUUAUUUUUUUUUCAAAUUUAUUGUGCAAUUUUUUAAUAUAAACUCUAAGUGUCGGUACUCCUUCUAUGUAACUGAAGAUUUUAAUAUACUGUGUAUAUCAUCUUGUUAACAAGGCAAAAUCUGUUAAAACUGUUUAGGAAGGACCAUUUGUAGACACCUCAUUUUUGCUGUUGAAAUACAUUGAUGCACAUGUCCAUUAUAGACCAUUCUUUGUUGUUUAAAAAACAUUCUGUGUAACUCAUCCAUUAAAGUAUCAUUCCUAUCAGAUUGAAAGAACGUAUGUGACGGCUAGAAGCAGUUCUUAAUAUGCUUUAUUUGGUUGGAGAGUGACCAAUCUUGGAAUUUGACAUUGAUACCAGCUGUGUAAUGCAUGCUCUUUCAAUCUUCUACAUACAUUUCAAAUUUACUUUCUCACUGCCCAACCUGUACAAUAUACACUAUGAUUCCCUCUACUGCUACCAGCCAUCCAAUAAGUUAUAUACUACAACAGUAGUAUUACAAGACAGGGAUUCAGUUUACUGCAUAUUGUAUAUUGUUGAGAUGCAUGAUGAAUAAAUAAGAGAACACUAUUAAUGAAGUUAGUUGAAAUGAAAGAGUUAUUAGUUGUUAGCUAAUUUCAUUUCACCUGCAUAUUGGUAAAUGGUUAUGCAAAGUGACUUGAGAUAAGUUUUGUAAUCUUACAUGAUCUUUUUUUUAAAUUUAAGUAAAUUGUUAUUCAAUACUUUGUUUUAAUGUCUUUUACAUUUUAAUGGUUUUUUUAUGAAGUUUUACUGUAAUUGUUAUGAUUAUAUAUGUAUACAGUUGUUAAUUCUAAAUUAUUUCUUUCACAUAUCAUUAAAAACUAUUGAAUCUUA